AUGGGGCCAUCCAGACGGGCCAAAGUGGUUCCCAACGCCUUUGCCGGUGGCUAUAGCCAGACAGUCAAGAAUCGGCUUGACAAGGUUGUUUUCCCGGAUAGAAUCAAGUGCGGAACCUGCAAGAAGUUUCGGUUCAUCGGCACUUUUUCUAAUAGACAGUUGGACAUUCUACGCCAUGCGGUAGUGGCCGAUGGAGUUUCGCCUGUUACCAGCGGAAUUGCCAGAUGCAGACAGUGCACCGGUCCAGGCAAUACUGAAUUGAAAUGCUCCCAGUGUGACCGUGUCAAAUCAAUUGAAGAGUUCGCGAAGAAUCAGCGUCAGGAGCGUGAUACUGCGCGAUGCAUGAACUGUGUCCAGAAGCAUACGGAGACUGAACCUUUGAUUGAUGAAUUGAAGCAGAUCACCGGAGGCGAUGAUACUACUGCUAGCUCUGUUACUAGUCAGGCAGGCAGUAGCUCUAUGGCUGUCUCGUUCAAGCGGCUCCAGCUGACCGGUGCUCAUGAGGGAUCUGGUUACAGCGACGAUGAGGAUGACGAUGACGAUUUAUCCGUUGGCGGUGGUGUCUUCCUUGAACCUGGACACACCGACGAGAAUAGCAGCACCAACAAGGGCAAAGAGAGAGUCUUCACCGGCUACGAUCCUCAGGGAAAUCCCCAUGUACUCACUCACCGUGCGGAGGUCACCCAGUCCUACGAGAGCGAAUGGUCUGUCUGGGGAGUCAAGAGCAAGGCUACUAGAAGUGAGGCCGGUCCCGCCAGAGCUACGCCGAAGAAGGAGUCCAAGUUCGCGAAGAUUCCGCGCACCAUCUAUGAGAAGGGUGAACUGCCGAGCAUGGCCAUUCCCGACGCCAGCGGUGCGAAUAUUCCUUCUGACGAUGAGGAAGAAGAGAAUGAUUUGGACGGCUUUCUGUGA